UCACUCAAUCUCUCUGCGCUAAAAAUGAAGGACGAUUAUAACCCUCCGUCUCCCCCUUCCUUCAAACACAAGCUCAAGGAAUCUCUCUGCUUCUCCUGCUGCUUCGGCCGCCGAAACGAUAGCCACUUCUCCCUCCAUCACACUCUGCCAUCCCCGUCCGACGACAACCCCGAGGUGGUCUGGAUCAAAGCUAAAGGACCGCACGACCACUCGCUAUCGGAGAUCAAGGACAAGUGCCGCACAAUUCUAGGGCUUCCGGGGGCGAAGCAUAAGAGGCAGGCCUCCGUGGAAUUCCGCUACGAUCCAUUGAGUUACGCCAUGAAUUUCGAGGACGGAUUUGAUUGCGACGAUGAGGCGCCCUUGCGGAAUUUCUCCGCCCGCUUGCCGCCGUCGCCCCCGGUGUCUUCCGCCCUUGGUUGAAUCCGUUUGGCGUUAAUGUUAAAUAAAACGGAAAAUGCCUGGGGUUGUUACGGUUUUGGCUGUAAAUAUACUAAUUUCUUUAAUUUUGUUAUUUCUUGGAAUUAACGACUUCGAAUUAAAUUGGUGAAUUUCUUCUCAA